AUGGCGAUACUGUUUGCUGAUCCGAAAUUCAGUUGUUUAUUUCUGCAAUUUGAAAAAUAUAAAUAAUUACAGAUAGGGUGGGGUGGGAGGAUUUAACUAAUUUGAAUGAGUGCAAGUGCCUGACUGUGACUGGUGUUAUGUUUGUUAGUUUAAUAUAGUCAUUUAUUUUUUUUUUUAGAGUUUUCUUUCGAGGUUCUUUCAGUUGCUCUAUUGUAAUUUAAAUUUUUCGUACACUGUAGUUCUGAUUAAGUUUGUUUGUAUAAUUAUGAGGGUUCCAGGGAUUACAUUAUUGACGAAUAUUGGUUUUAAAACUGCGUUACGUUACAGUGCUAUUAGCACUGCUAAGCAUAUUCAAGAAGUUCCAAAAGCGAGAGGUACGACUGUUGAUCUUCAUGAUGUAGAGCAACAUGCAAAAUUAAGUGACAAAUGGUGGGACACACAUGGCGAAAUGAAAGCUCUUCAUGCUUUAAAUCCUUUAAGAGUUCAGUUUGUGCGUGAUGGUCUGGCUAAUAUUGGAUUUGAAGAAGCUAAUCCCGGUAGUCCUUUGGAAGGAGCUAAGAUAUUAGAUAUUGGGUGUGGUGGUGGUAUUCUGUCUGAACCGUUAGCCAGGAUAGGAGCAGACGUAACAGGCAUUGAUGCUUCACCAGAAUUGAUAACCAUUGCAAAAGAGCAUGCUGCUCUUGAUCCAACACUUUCUGGUCGAUUAAAUUAUAUUACGAGUAACAUAGAAGAUCAUGUUCACAGCAAUCCAGAAUCAUACGAUGCUGUAGUAGCAUCAGAGAUUUUAGAGCAUGUUUUGGACAAGGAGCUCUUUCUCAAGUCAUGUGCGGCUGUUAUGAAACCAGGUAGUUCCAUAUUUAUCACUACCUUAAACAGAACUCUACCUUCUUGGCUUGGAGGAAUAGUAGCAGCUGAAUAUCUAUUAAAAUUAGUUCCAAGGGGAACGCAUGAUUGGAACAAGUUUAUUCAUCCAGAUGAAACCCGACGAUUAUUAGAAGCUUGUGGCUGUAAAACAAAAUUAAUUCACGGUAUGUGUUACAAUCUUCUAAAAAAUGAAUGGUCUUGGACAACAUCAACAUCAAUUAAUUAUGCGAUUCAUGCUAUCAAAAAGGAGGAAAUCUAGUCUCUCUCUUAUUUUCAUUUAGUGUGUACAUAAUUGAGAUACGUUAUUGAAUUAAUUAGCUUAUUUGUAUGAUACUGUAGAACAAUAAAGUUGCCCAGUAAUAUGUCAUGUAAAA